AUGAACGCGUGUGUGCUGAUACUCUCGGUGCUGUUUGUUGUUUUUGGCCAUCCCAACGGGCCCGCCGUGACGGCGGUAGUGACGGCGUACAUUCAAGACGGAAACAGCAACGUUGCCCUUUUGAAUUGGCAGGACUUGGCCUCGAUGGCUCUACCAGGCUUCGCUUCCUCUUACGUGAACUGGGCCGCGCCUAAUGCUCGCAAGCUCGGCUUCCGAUUUGCUGAUACACUGAUGAACUUGUCUGCAGCCGGAUUAGAUUUGAGUAGGACUCAUUUAGUUGGACAUUCACUUGCGGCUCACAUCUUCGGUAUUGCUGGCAAUACCAUGUCUGUGAAAGGAAUUCAACCCUCCUGG